UCCGAACCAUUACCUCGACGCGUCCGCAGCGCAGUGAAGCUUGUUCAAUCCACACAUACACACUGAACGUUGACAUACACAAGAUGGAGAUUGAGCUAGAUGACUUUUCACAAAGUCGUCGGACUGAAGAAGUCUCAGAACCGACAGCAACGGCGCCUACUAUUGUUACAACCUUGGAUGCUGUUGGCUGGUAUUGGGCUUGGGGUGCUGCGACCUUGCUCACCAUCGUAUCUAUUUGUCUCUUUUUUACCCCGCGUAUCCUGCUACUUCUAUCGUCCGCCGACCAGCGCAACGAACUGACAUCACUUGAAUCCUUCUUGUGUCUACACGGCAGCAUCUGGCUUUUUGCUCUCGCUGUUGGCUUAGUUCUCAACGUGCCCUCAGCUUCUCCUGCCGAUCUAUUAGUCCCUCGUAAUCUGGCACCAAGACAUCCUCUGCUCAUUCCCGUCACCACUGCCAGCUGUGUGUCGGCCUUCGUCGCAUACAAUACCAGCUCGAUUGGAUCUUUAGCGACGCUCGUACCCAUAUUUGCUGCCAUAAUUGGUGUCUGGGGAGCCUGGGCGGCCAUAUUUGGAGAUUCGGCAUCCGUAUCCAAGAAAACUGGAGCGGACAAGCAUACCUCUGCUUUCAUAUUUGGCAACAAGUCCGCUGCAUCCAGUCAAAAGAAAGAAUGGUUGAAGCAGCGUAAGACAGCGCAGUGA